AUGUCUCCGCAACAGAAAGCUCUUAUUCUUCCCGAAAAGCGGGGUGACUUUGAAGUUGGCUCUCGCGAGAUCCCCAGUCCCGGGGCUGGGCAGCUUCUGGUUAAGGUUCAAUCUGCAGCUCUGAACCCGAUUGACUACAAGAUCAAGGACACAGGGGCGGUCGUGACCCAUUACCCUGCUAUUCUUGGCAUGGAUAUUGCUGGUGUCGUAGAGGAACUAGGGGAAGGUGUUCAGAAUUUCCGCAAGGGCGAUAGAGUGUUAGACAGUUCUUCACUAGUUUACAGAUUGGCGCAUGGCAAGCGUAAUAACGACUUCACUGCCUUUCAGCAGUACACCUUGACCGUUGCGAGCUUUACCGCAAAGAUUCCUUCAAACGAAUCCUUCGAUAGCGCAGCUACUGUUCCUCUAGGAUUGGAUACUGCGCUAGUAGGCUUGUAUGGGAAACAUUAUGGAGCCGGGAUAGCCCCUCCUUGGACGAAAAGCGCUGCCGGUCACGAAUCGAAGAAACCGAUUGUCAUCCUUGGCGGUUCUUCCUCUGUGGGUUCAUACGCUAUUCAACUCGCUCGUCUAUCGCAAUUUUAUCCUAUCAUCGCUACCGCCUCUCCGAGAAAUGAAGAGCUUGUCAGGGACUACGGCGCAACCCAUUUUUUUGAUCGCAACCUUUCCGGAAAACAAUUGCUGGCGGCCAUCAGACAAGUCACUGGAGGUCCUAUCAGAGUUGUUUAUGACGCCAUCUCGUUGCCAGAAACACAGUCUGUUGGAUGGGAAUUACUUGCAAACAAUGGCACCCUCGUAUUAACCCUUCCUGCAUCAGUCGAGGAACAUGAAGGCAAGGGGCGUAAAACCAUCCAGACUUUCGGAAAUCCACACACUCCCCAAAAUGAGGAGCUGUGCCGCAACUGCUGGGCUAGGGUCGAAAAGUGGCUUUCAGACGGUACUAUACAGCCGAACUAUUAUGAAGUCCUCCCAAAUGGGCUUGAAGGUAUUAUUGGAGGGUUGGAAAGAAUGAGAUUGGGACAGGUGUCUGGAACGAAGUUGGUUGCUCACCCUCAGGAAACACAGUAA